UUGGAUGUAAACCUUUUAAACAAACAUAUUAUAAACAAACGUAUUUUAUUAUUAAGCCAUAAAACAUCUUAGAAGCAAAUAAAGUGAAGAGACAAUGGAGAAUAUUCAAAACCUUCCCAUCGACAUUCAGACCAGCAAGCUUCUGGACUGGCUGCUGGAUCGACGACACUGUAAUCUGAAAUGGCAGAGUGCAGUAAAAGGGAUCAGAGAGAAGAUCAAUGCUGCCAUCCAGGACAUGCCAGAGAACGAGGAGAUCAAGCAGCUUCUCUCCGGCUCCUACAUUCACUACUUUCACUGCUUGAGGAUAGUGGAGAUACUGAAGGGAACAGAAGCUUCCUCUAAGAACAUUUUCGGCAGAUAUUCAUCUCAGAGGAUGAAGGACUGGCAGGAGAUUGUGUCCCUUUAUGAGACAGAUAAUGUCUAUUUGGCGGAGGUGGCCAGCUUGCUGAGUCGCAAUGUGAGCUACGAAGGCCCGGCUCUGAGGAAGCAGCUGGCCAAAGCCCAGCAGCUGCAGCAGGAGCUGAGCAGGCGGGAAGUGGAGUGCCAGAGCUCAGCCGCAGACCUGAGGGAACGAUACUAUGCUGCCUGCAAAAAGUAUGGCAUCACAGGAGAAAAUGUGGCUCGUGAGCUUCAGGCUCUGGUGAAAGACCUGCCAGCAGUUCUUGAGGAAGUUGGGAAGGACUCAGCAAAAUUAGAGGAGCAAAUCCGACUUUAUGCUGCUUUCACAAACUUUGUAUGUGAGUGGUCUGAUCCAGUCUUGCCCAUGCUGACAUUGGCCCAGAAGAGAGGGAACACAACGUUUUAUGAGUGGAGAACAGGGAAAGUCCCCGCAGUUGUUGACAGGCCAGUCGUGGACGAUGCACCUCCUGAUACAGUCACAGAGGACACGAUCGACUGGGGCAACUUUGGCAAAGGAACAGACAGUGUGGGUGUUAAUGCUGGCAUCACAGUUGAGGAUGGUAUAGACUGGGGUAUCAGUCUGGAGCCAACCUCUGAGGAUGCUGGUGCAGGAGGUAUCGACUGGGGUGACAGUGACGCUGCUCCCAUAGAAAUCGAAGUUGUAGAUGUGGGCACAGACUGUCCUGAAGGCGUGGCAAGGGGCGAGGACGCUUUGACUCUACUGGAGAACUCUCAGUCACGCGGCCAGUUCAUUGAUGAGUUAAUGGAGCUGGAAGUUUUCCUAACCCAGCGCAUCAGUGAGAUGGGAGAUGAGGGAGAUGUGGUUUCCAUGAGCCAGUUCCAGCUGGCCCCUUCCGUCAUCCAAGGCCAGACCCGAGAGCAGACCCGGGAGAUGCUGUCUGAGGUGCAGGACCUUCUGGGCCGGCUCACCUCUCUCCGGAUGCAGCACCUGUUUAUGAUCCAGGCCUCACCACGGUAUGUUGAGCGUGUGUCGGAGGUGCUGAGGCAGAAGCUGAAGCAGGCAGAUAUCCUGGUGCUGAAAGGUGCCACAAUGGCAGAGAAAAGGCAGGAAGCCCUGGAGGAGCAGUCCAGACUGGAGCCUCGUGUCGACCUGCUGGCAGGAUGCACCCGGGAACUCCAGAAACUGAUCGAAGCAGACAUUUCGAAGCGAUACCACAGCAGGCCUGUCAACCUGAUGGGGGUUAAUAUAUAGUGAGCUUCACAGACACUCACAAAAAAUAUUUUGUCAUGAUCUACAAGGAGAAAUAAAAGGAGUAUUUAAUUAUAAGUCUUUUGUGUUCUUUACAUUUUCUGGAUUUAAAUUUAAACAUUUGAUGUUUUACAGAUCAUUUAAGUUUUUUUAACAGAACUGUUUUGACAAAUUAAUAAAUGGCUGACGUUGCUGGCCAAAUAUCA